AUGAAUGAGGAUGAGGCAGCUCUCAUAUUCGAGGAAAGAAAGAAAAAGCUCAUUGGAAAUCUAAUAGAGUAAUAUACAAAAGUCCAAAAGAAACAGCCACAAUAGAAAAAUAAUAUCAUAUCGAAGCAUGAGCAAUCAAAAUUAAUUGAGAAACUCAAACCUUCAAAUGAAAGUCCAUUGGAGACUUCUAAAGAAAUCCAAUUAAAAAAAAUAGUUAAGACUUCGCUCUUGAAGGAUAUUGGGAAUAUUGACAUGGAAAUACAGAAAAUGACCGAUGAAUAUCACACCAUUAGAAACAAACCCUAAUAUCUGGAAAAAUAAUAUUCCCACUCUAAAAUUCUGACCAAAACAAUAAAUUAAACGGAAUUAUCCAAGUCAGAAUAGAAGACCUCAAUUUAAAAUAGAAAUCAGAGCUAUUAUACAAAUAGAUAAAAAUCUAAUAAAAUCAAUUCGGUAGCCGAAAACUCUUAUUCCAAACUUGCAGAAUCUAUUCGCAAUUAUUCUAAUCAAAGAAAGGGAGAAGAACCAAAAACUAACGAUUUAACCAAACCUUAUGAUUUUCUAUAAAUCAAAACACAAUCUGAAAAAGUAAUCAUCAAACCAAAAACCAAAUCAGUUAAUAUCGAUGCCAAUGUUGUCAAAUAGUAAAAAGUGAUAUCUAGUGAGCGUAAAAUCCCAAAGCCACCAUUAAAAUAGUUGUCUUAAAAGAGAAACUCAGAAAGUGAGAAAACCUCGCCUGUCAAAACUAUUUUAAAAUAAACUUCCAAUCAUACCUACGAUUUAAGUUCAACCAAAGCCAAUACCACGCAACAAUUUUAUUAGAACAAAGAGAAUCCCUUCAUCAGAAGCCAAAAUAAUAGUAGAAUUGGGGAUUACAAGAUAGUUGAGGCUGUCAAUAUCUAUAAAACACUCAAAUAAUUGGUGGAUUCCAAAGAGUAAAUUCAUCAAAAGUAUCCAACGACUUUACUUCAGCAAAAAACUUCAACUCUAUUGUCUCAUAAGAAUGUUAAACAAUAAUGA